AUGCAAGCUAUUCGCCGGAACGCGGCCUCUGCCCUUCGAAACGCUGCUGCAAUCCAGCGCCGGGCAUACUCCCCUGGCCCUUACUCUGAGACUGUCAACAACCUUCGCAUCAAUGGCGACACCAAGGUUCUUUUCCAGGGAUUCACCGGAAAGCAGGGGACUUUCCACGCCGAACAAGCAAUCGCCUACGGUACCAAGGUUGUUGGUGGUACCAACCCCAAGAAGGCCGGCUCUACGCAUUUAGAUCUCCCAGUCUUCGCCAAUGUUAGCGACGCAGCUAAGCAGACCGGUGCCACUGCAUCUGCCAUCUUCGUUCCCCCCCCCUUGGCUGCUAAGGGUAUCGAGGAAGCAGUUGAGGCUGAAAUGCCUCUGGUUGUCUGUAUCACUGAGGGUAUCCCUCAACACGACAUGGUCCGCAUUACCGACAUUCUGAAGACCCAGAACAAGACUCGUCUGGUUGGCCCUAACUGCCCCGGUAUCAUUGCUCCCGGUCAAUGCAAGAUUGGUAUCAUGCCUGGCUUCAUCCACAAGCGUGGUCGCGUCGGUAUCGUCUCCCGUUCUGGUACCCUCACAUACGAAGCUGUCAACCAGACCACUCAGGCCGGGCUCGGUCAGUCUCUGGUUGUUGGCAUUGGUGGUGACCCCUUCUCUGGUACCAACUUCAUCGAUUGCCUGCGCAUCUUCCUUGAGGAUGAGGAGACCGAUGGUAUCAUCAUGAUCGGUGAGAUCGGUGGCAGCGCUGAGGAAGAUGCUGCCGAGUUCUUCAAGGCCAACAACAGGCACAACAAGCCUGCCGUUAGCUUCAUUGCGGGUAUCAGUGCUCCCCCAGGUCGCCGUAUGGGCCACGCCGGUGCCAUUGUUAGCGGUGGCAAGGGCGGUGCCGACUCUAAGAUCUCUGCUCUUCAAGAUGCUGGUGUCGUUGUUGAGCGCAGCCCCGCUGCUCUAGGCAAGUCGCUCCUUGCCGAGUUUGUGAAGAGGGACUUGGUUUAA